AUGGCUGCCGCUCGCACUCGCACUCGCGCGUGUUUCGAGCCAAACCCAUCUGACAUCUUCGUCGCCAGCUUGCCCAAGUCCAGCACCACCUUGCUCAAGGCCCUCGCGUUCGCGACGCUCAAUCGCGCCACGCACCCACCGUCCAACGCCAACGGCCAGCACCCGCUCAGCCACCGCAACCCCCACGACUGUGAAAACCUUAGGAGCAUGGACGUGAACAAGAACGGGAGUACUACAGUGCUAGGUAUUACGAAUGAUGCGUUCUUCAGGAAGGGCCAGGUCGGUGACUGGAAAAACUACAUGACGCCGGACAUGGUGGCGAGGCUGGAUAAGGUUGUUGAGGAGGCCAAGGUGCUGGCCUCACCUUUGCCGACUCCGUCUCCGUGUAAUUAA